AUGGCGACAUCCAAAGUAGAUAACGCAGUACCUUCUGGGCCAGAGAAAAAGAAGAGACCGAAUCGAUUGAUUGUUGACGAAGGAACGAAUGAUGAUAACUCUAUCGUUGGCCUUUCACAGGCCAAAAUGGACGAGUUAAAACUAUUCCGUGGAGAUACUGUCAUUAUCAAGGGAAAAAGACGAAAGGACACUGUGUGCGUUGCCCUUGUAGACGACAAUUGCCCUGACGAGCGUAUACGGAUGAACCGCUGUGUUCGAAACAAUCUUCGCGUCAGACUCGGUGAUAUUGUCUCCGUCCAAGGGUUCCCAGACAUAAAGUACGGGAAGCGUAUUCAUGUGUUACCCAUUGAUGAUACCGUCGUCGGUUUGACAGGUGGUCUAUUUGAAGUUUACCUAAAACCAUACUUCCUGGAGGCUUACAGGCCUAUUCGAAAAGAUGAUGUCUUCAUCGUUCGCGCUGCUCAUCGCCCCGUUGAAUUCAAGGUUAUCGAAACAGACCCGUCACCUUAUUGUAUUGUCGCACCGGAUACGGUCAUACACACAGAUGGAGAACCUGUGAAGCGUGAAGAAGAGGAAGAAAAACUGAGCGAAAUUGGCUAUGAUGAUAUUGGUGGUUGCAGAAAGCAGUUGGCCCAGAUAAAGGAAAUGGUUGAACUGCCACUGAGGCACCCGCAACUGUUCAAAGCCAUUGGAGUGAAACCGCCUCGAGGAAUUCUUUUAUAUGGACCACCCGGCACUGGAAAAACACUAAUCGCUCGUGCGGUAGCAAAUGAAAGUGGAAGUUUCUUCUUCCUUAUCAAUGGCCCGGAAAUCAUGUCAAAACUUGCUGGCGAAUCAGAGUCUAACCUCCGCAAAGCUUUCGAGGAAGCUGAGAAGAAUUCUCCCGCAAUAAUUUUCAUUGACGAGCUAGAUGCCAUUGCUCCCAAGCGCGAGAAAACUCAUGGUGAAGUUGAGAGGCGAAUCGUGUCUCAGCUACUGACACUUAUGGACGGUCUUAAACAGAGAAGUCACGUCAUAGUUAUGGCUGCUACAAACCGUCCUAACAGUGUUGAUCCAGCUUUGCGCCGUUUUGGCAGAUUUGAUCGUGAAAUCGAGAUAGGGAUUCCUGACAGUAUUGGUCGUCUUGAAAUCUUGCGUAUUCACACGAAGAAUAUGAAAUUAGCUCCCGACGUCGACCUGGAGCAGAUUGCUAAUGAAGCUCACGGCCACGUCGGUGCCGAUCUGGCAUCUCUCUGCUCCGAAGCCGCCUUACAACAAAUUCGCAACAAGAUGGAUUUGAUCGACUUGGAAGAGGACGCAAUCGACGCAGAAGUCCUCGACUCGCUUGCCGUCACCAUGGAUGAUUUCCGCUGGGCGCUGGGCAAGAGUAACCCAUCGGCUUUACGCGAGACCACUGUUGAAGUGCCAAACGGUCCCGAGCUUCUCACCAUGUGGUUUGGUGAAUCAGAGGCCAAUGUGCGCGACAUAUUCGAUAAAGCGAGACAAGCAGCCCCGUGCGUUCUGUUUUUCGACGAAUUGGAUUCCAUCGCAAAGGCUCGCGGUGGCAGCGUCGGCGAUGCUGGUGGAGCUGCCGAUCGUGUUAUUAACCAACUGCUGACAGAGAUGGAUGGAAUGUCUUCAAAGAAAAAUGUUUUUAUCAUUGGCGCAACAAAUCGGCCUGACAUAAUCGAUGGGGCUAUUCUCAGACCCGGCCGUCUGGAUCAACUUAUAUACAUACCACUGCCUGAUGAAAAAUCGAGAGUAUCCAUUUUCAAGGCCAACCUUCGAAAAUCACCCAUCGCGAAGGAUGUGGAUAUCAAUUUCUUAGCCAAGUCAACACCCGGAUUCUCGGGUGCCGACCUGACAGAAAUUUGCCAACGUGCUUGCAAGCAAGCUAUACGGGAGUCUAUUGAGGCUGAAAUACGGGCAGAGCGCGAAAGACAGCGAAACCCAUCAGCAAUGGAGGAUGACAGUGAUCCUGUGCCUGAGAUAACUCGGAAGCACUUUGAAGAAGCUAUGCGAUUUGCUCGCCGUUCGGUGACCGACAAUGACAUUAGGAAGUACGAAAUGUUUGCCCAGACUCUCCAACAGUCGCGCGGUAUGGGUGGAAACUUCAGAUUCCCUACGGAAAGUGGUGGACCUGCCGGCGGUACGCCACCCGGUGGUGCACCUCGCAACCCGUACAACGACGGGGGAGCUGAUGAAGAUUUGUAUUCUUAA